AUGGACGAGUUCACCGGCACCACCCAGGCUCAGGUCGAACAACCGCCUGUGGAAUACAGUCAAGGCUACAUGAAUCUCACACAGACACAGCGGAACACCAUCGAGCAUGUCGAGAGGAUUGGCGCCUCUCUUAGCUUGCUUGGGGUGUUCCUGAUAUUCAUCGCCUAUGGCCUCUUCAAGCGAGUUCGGACAGUACCCAACACUUUCAUCCUCUUUGCGUCUAUCGCCAAUGUCGGGGCUAGCACGGCAUGCUUUAUCGGCUAUGCGGGUAUCGUGGCCGGCGAGAACUCGGCGCUCUGCCACACGCAGGCGUUUCUUCUUGAGAUGUUCAUGCAAUCAGACCCGUGGUGGUCACUUGCCAUGGCAAUAAAUGUCUUUCUGGUUUUCUUCUUCGCCCUAAACCCCAACGCUUUUCGCGACUACCUCUGGUUGUAUUGCCUGGUGUGCUAUGGACUUCCUUCGGUUCCGGCAAUCGUCCUCCUUGCUCACAGUCCUGCUACCACUCGCUACUAUGGAAAUGCCACGUUGUGGUGCUGGAUAGCCGACACAUGGAAUCCUCUGCGGAUUUACACCUACUAUUUACCUAUUUGGACGUGCAUCUUUCUCUCCGGACUGGUAUACCUCGCCGUGGGCUAUCAAGUGUUUCAUCAGCGUAAUCAGCUACGGAAUUUGACAUUCAGCAACCAAGGGAAAAACUACUCUGGAUCUGAACACAUAGAACUAGGCGAGAAGCACAGCUACGGUAUCAGCGCUGGCCGGGAUUCGCCAUGCCCUACUGUCAUUCCCAUGGAUCUCUCCAAUCAUCCAGGCUGCUAUGGCACCGUCACGACCCAAGUAGAAGUCAACAUCUCCGACAACACCGACUUCCAACCGAUGACCCCGACCUCACCGGCCCCGUCCAUUACCGAGGUCCCCCUUGCUACCCACCCCCCGGGUCAGAACAACGGUAUCCACCCUUGGGACUCCAACUACUCCUCGUCUUCCUCUUCCAGCGAGGACCACAUCGUCCCUCCCGCCGCCGUCUACGCCGGCUCUAGCUCCCCUCCCUUCGGUAUCCACGUGCACCACGCAACCAACGAGACCACUCACAACGGGGUCCCAAAAUCCAGCCUCAAAAAAACCACCACAUACAUCUCCCAAGGGGACCGUCCCUACCACCACGGCCCCGGCUACGGCCACACGUACUCCUCCUACAACCGCACCUCGAACACUACCACCACGGGCACGCACCAGGUCCACGCCUCCUCCUCCGGCGGGCACCAAUCCGCCUCACGCUUCCACACUCUCCGGUCCUCCCUCCGCCGUCCCUUUCGCAAAUUCUGGGCCAAGCUCCACCGCCUCGACCCUAUCAAGCUUGCCUAUCUGCGGACUUCCUUCGUCUUUGCCAUUUCCAUCCUGGUCACCUGGACGCCGUCCAGCAUCAACCGGGUGCACUCGUUGCUCUACCCCAAAGAUACCAGUUACCCGCUGAAUCUGGCGAGCGCGGUGGUGUUGCCGCUGCAGGGGGUGUGGAACGCGGUGAUCUUUGCGGCGACGACGUGGGUGGUGUUGAGGGAGGAGUCUACGCAGGGGUAUAAAGCGUGGAGAAACGGGAAUGGAGGCUCGUAUAACGGCUAUGGUGUUCAUUCGACGGUGAUGAAGGAUGAUGAUUUUCUGGAGACGAGGAGCCAUUGUAGUGGCGGUGCUAGUGGUGGUGGUAAGAAGAAGAGCGGCAAGAAGGGGCCGAUGGAUCCCAAUCGGUUGGGCACCGUGCGAGUCAUUAGGGAUGGCUCGUUAUGA